AUGGACCCUCUUCUCGCCGCCGCCGAAGCCGCCGCCGCCGCCGACACAACGUCAACCCCGCCGAGCUCCCCGCCCUCCGCCGAGACGCCCCCAGAGAGCCGCCUCUGGGGCAUCAGCGAUAUCCACCUCUCCUUCAAGGGCAAUCGCGACGCUCUCGAGAAGCUCCUGCCGCACCCGCACGAUGACCUCAUACUGUGUGGAGACGUUGGCGAGUCGGCGGAGCAUUGUCGGCUCGCCUUCACCAAGGUCAAGGAAUGCUUCCGGCAAGUGUUCUGGGUGCCAGGCAAUCACGAGCUGUACACGCUGCCCUCGGAGAAAGAGCAUGGCGCGAGGGGCGAGGCGAAAUACAUGGAGUGCGUUGCGAUUGCGCGCGAAUACGGCAUAAUCACACCGGAAGAUCCAUACACGCUGUGGGAGGGCGAGGGAGGUCCAUGUCUCAUUGCGCCCAUCUUCACGCUGUACGACUACAGCUUCCGGCCUAGCCAUGUCAAGCUAGAGGAUGCGCUCGAGUGGGCGCGAGAGAAAGACAUAGAAGCGACCGACGAGCACCUCCUGCAUCCCGACCCCUACUCGUCGCGUAUCGAAUGGUGCAAUGCGCUUCUCGAGAAGACGGAGAAGAAGCUCGCCGCCGCUGUCGCAGCACACCCAGAUAUCCCCUUGAUCAUAGUAGGCCACUGGCCGCUGCGCGAAGACCUCGUGAAGCUGUUCCGAGUCGAGCGCUUUUCCCUCUGGUGCGGCACAAAGAAGACCGAAGACUGGCACAACAAGUACAACGCAAAGGUCGUCGUCUCUGGCCAUUUACACAUCAGGCGAACAGACUGGAUAGACAACACGCGCUUUGAAGAGGUCAGUCUGGGCUACCCACGGCAAUGGCAUGAUUGUCAAGAGCGCGGCCUCGACAUCAACGACCUGCUGCGCGAGCUAAUGCCAGGCCCGGAGACACCACCAAAAGACCGGCGCAACACUGUCUGGAGGCAGUUCGGAUGA